AUGGUGAAGACAAACGGAGGCAGCUGCUUCACCAACGAGAUGCUGCAAGAAGCUGAAACUGCUAUAAAGAAAGAAAUGGAGAGGACCCUUAAAGAGAAGGAAGAAGAGAUGAAGAAAGAGAAGGAGGAACUUCAAAGAAAACAUGAGCAGGAAAUAAAAGAAAAGGAAAAAAAGAUGGAAAAACAAAGAGAUGAUACAGAAGAAGAAAGAAAACAGAGAGAAAAUGAGCUGCAAGAAAAAGAGGAAAUCAUCAAGAAGGAACAAGAGAGCAGAUGUGAAGAAAGGAAAAUGAGGGAAGAAGAAGACAGGAAGAGGAGAGAACAGGAAGAAUCUCAACAGUUAAAGACAAUAACUGUAGAUUUGGAGUCAUUCAGCUGCAGAAAUUGUUCAGGACAUAAUGUGAGACACAUCUGUGGUGCCAGAUGUUUGCAGGGCAUAGAGCUGAGUAUCAUCUGCACAGCAGUGAAAGUUUACACCAUGCCCCAGGGGAGCAUGUUUUCAGUGAUUAAAAGGGGGCCUGGGAUAGACUCUUGAGAGGCUCCACAUGAGAGAGGAGCACAAGAAAAGGAGGUCUUACUUAGUGGUAUAGAAAAAGAUCUGUUUGAGAGAAAUGUGGCUUAAAACUAAUGUUUGAAUCAAACAUAUCAAUUCAUGUUAUAUUAAAUGUACAAGAGGUUAAUGUAUGUUAAAACUUCUGUGAGCCAUGUUUGGUCUGUGUCAAGUUUUUCAACCCCAGUGGUCAAAGAUUUACAUUUUAUUACUGAACUGAUUUUAUUCCGGAAAUGCCAAAGAGACAUUUCUUCAAAAUGAAUCGAACCCCACUUUUCUCAGUAAUCAAAUAUGUCAUUCAUUACAGAUAUUUACUCUUUCAAAAUUUCAAAGAAAUGCUUUUUCUCCAGCUGGCUGACAAUCUUCUCUGUUUUAGACAUUGAAAUGUACAUUAUAAAUGAUACUGAACAUGUUGCAGAUGGUCUUAUUGGCUUUUGUAGGUCAUUGAGAGGCUUUAGUAUUCAUGUCAGUGAGUUUCACAAUUGGUUCAAAACUCUUCACUGGAGCUUUAAUAACUGUAAUGAUUACAAUGAGAAACUUUGAUCACCCAUAUCCAUAUUUGUCUUUCUGAUUUUAGGUGGUCCAUUCCCUCUGAGAAAAAGCAGCAGCUAUGAAUUUUUGCCACCUGACAGUGAGUGAAACUUCUAUCCCUGAGAAUCUGUGAUUAAAAGCUCUGAGUAGAUAAUCAAACAUUUGAAAUAAAAGAAGAACAAAGUUAUAAGUCAAUGCAGGUACAAGUCAAUCUUUUCUAUAUCCUUGUUUCUCACAGUGUCUGAGCUGAGGGUUGUUCUGCUGGACAACAGCGAGUCUAGGAGGAGCUCAGUGAGGAACUUCAUACUGGGAGAGAGUGUGUCCAACAAAGAGGAGUGUGGUGACUGUUUGAAAGAAAAAGGUUGAAUAAAGGACAAAGACAUAGUUCUCAUCAACACUCCAGAGCUGAUCCAUCCCAACAUCUCUGAAGAAAAACUGACAAAAAAUGUGACAGACUGUGUGAGACUCUCUGAUCCUGGACCUCAUGUGUUCUUGCUGGUUUUACAGCCUGGGGACUUCACUGAGGAACACAAACAGAGACUCUGCACAGUCCUUGAACGCUUCGGUGAUCUAUCAUUUGAUCAUUCAUUGAUACUGAUAUCACCACCAAGAGAGCAGGGCUCAGAUGUCAGAGGACAAUAUCUGCAGUAUCCACCCCUCAAAGACAUGAUCAGAGAGUGUAGGUACAGGUACUUAGAUCAGACAGGCCUUGAACUUCCAGAGCUGUUGACACGUUUGGGUCAAAUCAUGAAGGAGAACAGAGGAGAGCAUGUCAGCUGUGAUGUGUUCAUCGACACCACUGCUGAUUUACAGAUCACACAACAAGCAGAAGCAAGACCUGGUAUCAUGCAAGAUGUUUCUCCCUCCAGUAUGUAUAAAUUUAAAUAUAUAUAAAAAAAAAUUGAUAAUGAUUAUAAAUAAAUUGGUAAAAUAAUCCCUCACAACUCACUGUUUCUCCGUUACAUGUUUCUGUUUUGUUACAGUCCGACUUUUGUUGCUGGGGAAUAACGAUGACAAGAAAACAAAACUUUGUAACUUCAUCACCCAAAAGAAACGAGACUUGGCACACCAUCUGACAAAACCUCUAGUAACCAAACAAAUGGUGGAGACUGGAGAGUGGGAAGGACAGGCUUUAACAGUAGUGAAAACUCCAGACAUUUUCAGCCUGUCUGUGGAGGUGCUGAAGAACGCUGUGAGUCUCUGUCCUCCAGGACCAAAUGUUCUGCUGCUGUUGCUGAAACCUUCUGAUUUCACUGAGGAGAACAGACAAACCCUGAAGUUGAUCCUUAGUUUGUUUGAGCAAGAUGCUUUUAAACAUUCAGUGGUCAUCAGCACAGAUGAGGAAGGAGAAGCAAGCAACUCUUUUAGACAUCUACUUAAAGACUGCAGAGAAAGACAUUACAGCAUGGCUGAAGACAACCACAGGUCACUGAUGAUGAAGAUCAUGAGCAUCUGUAGUGAGAACAGAGGAGCCUCCCUCACUCUGACUGAUGAACUGAUCACACUGAAGUCCAAAGAGAUGAAACCAGCAUUAAACCUGGUCCUGUGUGGGAGGAGAGGAGCAGGGAAGACUUCAGCAGCAGAGGUCAUUUUAGGUCAGACAGGUCUUCAUUCAGCCUCCAGCUCAUCAGAGUGUGUGAAACAUCAGGGGGAGGUGUGUGGAUGCCGGGUGUCUCUGGUGGAGCUUCCUGUUUUGUAUCAAAACCCUCUGGAGACUGUGAUGGAGCAGUCACUCAGAAGUGUCUCCCUCUGUGAUCCUGAAGGUGUUCAUGCCUUUAUCCUGGUCCUACCUGUGGGUCCACUCAGUGAUGAAGACAAGGGAGAGUUAAAGACCAUCCAGGACACAUUUGGACCUCCAGUCAAUGACUUCACCAUGAUUCUGCUCACUGUGGAGUCAGAUCCUUCAGCUCCAGCUGUUGUUAACUUUAUAGACCAAAGCAAGGAAGUUCAGGAGCUCAUUCAGAGCUGUGAAGAAAGGUUCUUGGUGCUCGACACUAAGGACAAAACGCAUGUCAAACAGCUGUUGGAUAUGGGGGAAAAGAUGCAAAAUAAGAAAGACAAACCACCAAGCUACACAACAGACACAUUUGCAUCUGCCCAAAUAGAGAAGAUCAGCAAACUGCAGGCUGAACUUCAGGAUGUGAAAACAAAAGGGAUGCCCGAUUGUAAGUAUUGAAAAAGAUGAUUAUAAAUACUACUUGAGUUUAAGGAUGUGACACAUUAGUGUCUUUACUGUUGCAUCUGUCAGCAUUUAAAGGUAACUCUUGGCCCUCCUUAUUCCACAGGUGAUGAAAAGCAGAGCCCAGAGAGUCUCAGGAUUGUGCUGAUAGGGAAGACUGGCAGUGGAAAGAGCUCUUCAGGAAACACCAUCCUAGGAAGAGAAGAGUUUGAGGCUAAACCAAGCCAAAAUUCAGUCACCAAAUUCUGUAAGAAAGUACAUGGUGAAGUGGACGGUCACUCUGUUGCUGUGGUCGACACUCCAGGUCUGUUUGAUGACAGCUUGUCCCAUGAAGAGGUUCAUGAGGAGAUGAUCAAAUGCAUCAAUCUUCUGGCUCCAGGACCACAUGUCUUUCUGUUGGUGUUACACAUCGGCCGAUUUACACCUGAGGAAAAGGAGACGAUAAAACUGAUCAAAGAAGGAUUCGGAAAGGAUGCAGAAAAAUUCAUCAUCAUCCUUCUAACUGGAGCAGAUUCACUAAAACGUAACAAAAUGUCAGCUGAGGAAUUUAUUGAUCAGAAUUGUGACGAUUCCUUUAAGAAACUGAUCGCUGACUGUGGAGGAAGAUACCACGUGUUCAACAACUAUGAGGAACAAAACAGAGAGCAGGUCAGUGAGCUGAUAGCAAAGAUUGACACAAUGGUGAAGACAAACGGAGGCAGCUGCUUCACCAACGAGAUACUGCAAGAAGCUGAAACUGCUAUAAAGAAAAAAAUGAAGAGGACCCUUAAAGAGAAGGAAGAAGAGAUGAAGAAAGAGAAGGAGGAACUUCAAAGACAACAUGAGCAGGAAAUAAAAGAAAUGGAAAAAAAUAUGGAAAAACAAAGAGAUGAAACAGAAGAAGAAAGAAGACUGAGAGAAAAAGAACUGCAAGAAAAAGAGGAAACCAUCAAGAAGGAACAAGAGAGCAGAUGUGAAGACAGGAAAAUGAGAGAAGAAGAAGACAGGAAAAGGAGAGAACAGGAAGAAUCUCAACGACAGGAGUGGGAACAGAAACUUCAAGCUCUGGAGAAAAAGAUAAAGUCAGAAACUAAAGAAAAAGAAAACAUAAACAGAGAGCUGGAGGAGACCAGAAAAUGGAUGAAUAAAGAAAGAGCGAGGUUGGUGAAACAACAGACAGAAUGGUGGGAAAGACGAAAUCAGGAAGAGGAACAGAGACGACAAAAAGAACAAACAAGACUACAAGAACUCCAAAAAGAAUAUGAACAGGAGAGAGAAAAAUAUGAAAAUGAAAGAAAAGAAGAAGAUUUAA